ACGUGAACGGUUUCAGCCGGAAGUCACCACAUCUAGGCCUAAUAAUUCAAGGUGUAGUCAGAACUGUGGCGGUGGAAAACGCGACACUUUUACAGACAAAUAACUCAUGACUACAGAGUUUUCUCAAAGAUAGAUUGUGUAACUCACAUUUGUGAUACUUUUGUGGAUUCGUUUUGGACGGUACCGGCCUCUGAAUCGCGUACCGGAUGUGAGCGUGCAGCGGGUGACGCAUCUGUCCGCACCGUGGUCAAUGUUUUGUUCGUGGGUUCACGACCAGGAAGCGAGAGUUUGCCAUCCACAGGCUAGCUGUUACCUUUACGCGAUGAAAGCACAAAAGAAUCGGAAAACAUAACAUCAGUUAUUCCAGCUUGAUGAUAAACGACGCAGUUAGUGCACCGAUACACUGAAUCUACAGAAUAGCAUCGCUGUAGCUCGACCCGUAUCUUGCCGGGACUGCUUUGCUAGCUUACUACUUAGCCAUCUGGCAAAGAUUGUCGUCAGCUAACGUUAGCAUUAGUUGCCGCUAGCAAGUUGGUUACUGCCUGGUGAUGGCUGUGGCACAUAGAGGUUGUGUCGUGGCUGGAUAUUUACUCCUACUACUGCUGGCUGGGUGUCAAGCAAGGAUACAUCAGCUCACCCUAAAGAAUGAAACACGGUUUGCCGUCGACCUCAACAACUUUGGCUUCUAUGCUAACGGGACUCUGGAUGUCAACCUGCGGUCUCUGCGCAUCCCAGAGCAGCUGGUGAACUACAGCACGCACCCGGUUGGUUUCUCUCUCUCCAGGUCACGUGUGAAUGGAGUCUUGUCCUACACAGCUGAGGAGACAGAGAUAUGCCCACUCACUCUCACAAAGUUGACCAACAACGAGCCUCUCAUUCUUUUUCUUAUUGACAUCCACACGCUCAGUGUCAAUGUGAGAGUUAUGGGUGACCAAGACAACGUCUUAAUCGCACAACCAAAGGCUGAAUUGCCUAAAGGUCAGAGGAAAUCCAGAGAGGCUCCUGCUAAUCCUGCCGCUAAACCAGAAGACACUGUGGAAAAAAGUGCAGAUAAAACAGGCGGUGAUGUGGCUGAGGAAAAAAAGAACAAGGAGCCUGAGGAGCAUAAGGAAGAGAAAAAAGAGCACACAGAAGAAAAGCCAGUUCCUGCUGUAGAGGCUAAGAAAGUGACAGAAAAUGAAUUCCAGCUGGAAAAGAUAAACCAACUGACUUUAGCUUUGGACAAAAUCAACGAUUCCUACAACUUCAGUUUCCACAUGGUGGUCGGCGUGCAGGCGGAGGGUCUGUACAGCCUCAAGUUCCACUACUGCCAGAACAGGAAAGCUGGAAUCAAGUUGCCGUACUCGUUCACUUUGGAAGUGACAGAGAAGAAUCCAGGCGGCUACUUGUCUGCAGCAGAAAUCCCUCUGUCCCGCCUUUACAUUGGUAUGGCUGGAGUCUUCUUCACUGCUGCCAUGAUCUGGGUGUACACACUCAUGAAGCACAGGUACAGUGUGUUUAAGAUCCACUGGCUGAUGGCAGCGCUGGCCUUCACCAAGUCCAUAUCAUUGGUCUUCCACAGUAUCAACUAUCACUUCAUCAACACCAAGGGGCAUCCUAUUGAAGGCUGGGCCGUCAUGUAUUAUAUCACGCACUUGCUCAAGGGGGCUCUCCUGUUCAUCACGCUGGCACUGAUUGGCACCGGCUGGGCUUUUGUUAAAUACAUCCUGUCUGACAAGGAGAAGAAGAUCUUCAUGAUCGUCAUCCCCCUGCAGGUCCUGGCUAAUGUCGCCUACAUCAUCAUCGAGUCUACAGAGGAAGGCUCCAGUGAAUACUAUCUGUGGAAGGAGAUCCUUUUUCUUGUCGACCUCAUCUGCUGCGGAGCCAUUCUUUUCCCUGUUGUCUGGUCCAUCCGUCAUCUGCAAGAGGCUUCCAGCACCGAUGGCAAAGCCGCCAUGAAUCUGGAGAAGCUCAAACUCUUCCGGCAUUAUUACGUGAUGAUUGUGUGCUACAUCUACUUUACAAGGAUCAUAGCCAUUCUGCUCAAGGUCACUAUGCCUUUCCAGUGGCAGUGGUGCUAUGAGUUUCUGGUGGAGGUGUCCACUCUGAUCUUUUUUGUGCUGACGGGCUACAAGUUCAGACCAGCGUCCAAUAACCCGUACCUCCAGCUUCCCCAGGACGAGGAGGAUGUGGAGAUGGACGAAGUAGUGACUGAGUCAGGCGCACUGGAGGGGAUUUCCAAAGUCAAGAAAACGUGCAACGGACGCGAUCGCCAGAAAGAAUCCACCUUGUGAGCGGGAAGCUGCAUCUUUGAGGGGGAGUGGGUGGGUGGGGGAGGCCAGCUGAUACAAAGGGGGUGCACACGGACCAAGGCCCCCCACCACCACCACCACCACCACCCCCAGUGACGGCUUUCCUUUUGAAACUCUUUAAGUGGUUGCAGUGGUCGUGGUCGUGGCCACUGUCUGGCUAUGCAAAAAAAAAAUAAAUAAAAGACUAACUUUGUCGGACGCUCUUUGUUUCCCCCCGGAACACCUCCACCCAGAAACUCUGAGAGGUUUCAGAAGGAGACGACUGCUGCCACACUGAUGGGUGGAGAUAUGGAAAGGAAAUCUUUAGUUUUCAUUCUCUCUCUCUCUCUCUCUCUUUCUCUCUCUGUCUCUCUCUCUCUUUCCAAAGAUAAUUAUCAUUUUAGAGAAAGACUUGCUUUCCGUUGUGUUUAUAUAUCGGAUAUUUAAAAAACGGUACUUCUGCCUCUGAGCUGUACCUUGUCGUGUGUGAAGUGAGUACGUGUGUGUGUGUGAAUGUGAGACAACACAAGAUUUGGACACAGCAGGUUUUGUUUUGUUUUUUUCCUUUUGGAGACGAUGGCCCACACUCAGGUAAAAGGCUAAUCUGUAUGUAUUUAAAAUUUAGACAACAAUAUUAUUCUCUUUCCCGCUGUUCAGGGGUGGGUAAAGUCCCAUCGGUCAUUACACACCUUCGUCCCCACAUACUACAGUGCAGUUACUUUGUUCUUAUAUAUUUUGAUUUGUAUAUUGAAACAUAUGGACCUAAGAGGGUCUGUGUUUCAAUAUAUUUACUUCUUGCAUAUUGAAAUGUUCUAUUUCAGUAUUAUUGUUUGUGUUGGAGAGUCCCAGUCCAUCACAUGGACCGCUGCUGUAAUUUAGUGCUUUUAUUGGUUGAGGUCGAUUUACAUCCCUGUGAAUUCAGCCCAGACGGUGACACGUGCAGGUUUUCCCAUCAGUCUUUGAGAUAACCAGAGCAGUGGCCCCACGUGUGUUCAUCGACGGCCUUGUUUUUUUCUUUUUUUGUUUGUUUGUUUUUUGUUUGUUUUCCUGGCCAUGCUGUUCCAGUCCGGGCGGAGAAGUGACCUAACUGAUCUUCAUUUUUUUUGAAACUUUAUGCUAUUGGUUUUACCUUCUUGCUCUUGAUGUGAAGCUUAUUUUAUUAACGACUCAUUGGUGAAAGAUCUGAAAUGCGUGCAGCCGGACGGUUGGGGGUCGAUUGGCCAUUUGUAAAUAAUUUACAGAAGAAGAAGAAGACUGUUGAUACAAGAAGAAAAAAAAGGCGGCACAUAAACACUUUCAUAAGAACUGCGUAGAGGCUUUCUAGACAGUGCUUGAGACUGUAAUGACACAGGUUCAGAUUCAAUGAGAUUUUUGGAUUCCUUUUUAAUAGACAAGAAAAGAAAAAAACGCGUGGAAUCCAGGAGAGACUACUGAGAACCACAGACACUCCUGUACAGUGUUUACAGGCUGCUCAUGUGUCUCCAGGUGUCGUGCGUACCUGAGAGGACACGUGGAACCAGCCUGUAAACCGUUUGAGCAGAGGAAAUGUUGUGCUUGUAAUGGAGAGCUGUUUGAUAUCUGUGUGAAUUGUCACAAUAAAGCUGGUGUUCUGGAAAGGU